CGCGGUGCGGCCGGGAGGACCGGGCAGCACAGAGCGGCUUCCGGCGGCGGCGCGGCGGCGGCACUGCGUUUCCGGGCGGCGGGAGCGGGAGCGGGAGCGGGCGGCGAUGCCGGAGAUCGAGCUGCAGCAUGUGGUGUCGGUCAGCAGCUCCGACCCGACCCACUGCGCCGAGAACCUGCUGCGACCCGAGAGCUACCGGCCCUGGCGGGGGGCCCGGGCGGGCGAGCGGCAGAUCUGCGUCGUCCUGCAGUUCGCGCGCGAGGCCCGGGUGCAGCGCGUGGAGGUGGGCAACGACGGCUCGGCCUUCGUGGAGGUGCUGGCGGGGGCGGCGGCGGCGGCACCGGGCGACGCCUUCGAGGUGCUGCUGCCGGCGGCGGCGCUGCUGACGCCUGCGGAGAGCCGGGCGGGGACGGGGCUGCGGCGGGUGCGGGUCUUCGGCCCCGGGGCCUUGGCGCCCGCCGCCGCCCGCCGCCCCUGGGACCGCGUCAAGGUGGUCUGCAGCCAGCCCUACUGCCAGACCCGGCCAUUCGGCCUCUCCUUCCUGCGCUUCCACUCCCCCGCCGAGAGCGAGGAGCCGCCCCCGGCCCCGGUGAGGCGCCUGGGCCCCUUCACGGUGCGGGAGGAGGACGGCGGCGAGCGGCGCCCCGGGGCCCUCUUCUACCGCCGGGGGGGGCCGGCCCCCCCCCCAGCCGCCCCCCAGGAAGCCGCCGGCCCCAGCUACGCCGUGGCCACGCUGCAGGCCAGCGCCAGCGAGGCCCCCCCGGGCCCCCCCCGGCCCCCCAAGAGCCCGGCGGCCGCCAAGAGGAAGCUGGAGGCGGCGGAGGCCAAUGGCGGGGCCGAGAAGGGGGCGGGGCCCAAAGCCGGACGCCUGGGCCCGCCGGGGCUGCCGUUGGCGGGCGUCGUGGUGGUGCUGAGCGGCUUCGAGAACCCGCUGCGCGGGCGCCUGCGCGACGCCGCCCUGGCCCUGGGCGCCGGCUACCGCCCCGACUGGACCCCCGACAGCACCCACCUCGUGAGCGCCUUCCCCCGCACCCCCAAGGCCGCCCGGGCCCGGGUGCAGGGCGGCCGCGUCGUCGGCCCCGCCUGGAUCUGGGACUGCCAACGCCAGCGGCGCCGCCUGCCCUGCGCCCCGUACCUGCUGGAAGGAUCCGGCUCCGCCUCCUCCGGCAGCGAAGGGGAGGAGCCUGCGGAGGCCCCGCCCCCGCCCCGCCCCCGCCGCCCCCGCAAGAGCCCCCCCCCGGCGGAGCCCGGCCCCUCGGCGACCCCCCCCCGCGCCGACGACCCCCCAGAGGCGGACGCCGAGGAGUCGGGCGACACCGAGGACGAGCUGCGGAGGCUGGCGCCGGCCCCCCCCCCCGAGGACGACCCCUACGGCGGCUCCACGGACGAGAACACGGACAGCGACGAGCCCAUCCCCCCCCUGCCGGAUUUCUUCGAGGACAAAACCUUCUUCCUCUACGGCGACUUCGCGGCCCCCGAGCGGCGCCUGCUGCAGCGCUACGUCACGGCCUUCGGCGGAGCGCUGGCUCCCUACAUGAGCGAGGAGGUGACGCACGUGGUGACGGCGCAGGACUGGGACGAGACCUUCGAGGAGGCGCUGGACGUGAACCCGUCGCUCUCCUUCGUGCGGCCCCGCUGGGUCCUGGCCUGCGGCGAGCGGCUCCGGCUGGUGCCACCGCAGCCCUUCGCCGUCGUCCCCCGCGCCUGAGGCGUGUCCAGGCGUGUCGAGGCGUGUCAUCGCCGCGUGUCAUCGCGUGUCGCCGCGUGUCGUCACGUGUCAUCGCGUCUCACCCCGUUUUGGGGCGUUUUCACAGGAAUUAAAACAGUUUUGGUAAA